AAGUUAUUAUGGUCAAAUUACUACUAUAGUCACUUCUAAGAAAAGAAGAGAUGGUAGAAUGAUUGAAGAAGCCAGAAGGGGGUUUCCUAGGCCGAGAGAAGGCGGUUGGACCAGACAAAUGGAUUCCAAGAGUGGGAGUGGAGGAGUGAUCGUCACCAGAGAAAGGGAAAGCAUAGAGAAUCCCUUUGCUUUGAAAGUCGGUCAAGUAUUUACAGGCUUUGGAAUCGGCUGCGGCGUCGGCAUUGGUGUUGGUCGCCCUAUAAACCUUGGUUCGCCCCCCCUCCCCCUCCCUCUCAAAACUUUGGAAUGAGCUUUCAAGAUUUUAUGAAACCCAGAAACCGCAAAUGCCAGAAAGUUUCAACUGCAAUACCAAUGCUCGACCAAGUUAUGGUUGCAACUAGAGGCGCCACAGAUGCUUUCUCUUCCGUGGGAAGAAAUGUCAAUAAAAAUUUGCGGCGUUUGGGGGCAAAAAACAUUGAAGCUGGCAUUGGAUGUGGAAUAGGCUUAGGCCAUGGACUUGGAAUCGGUAUUGCUGUUAAGCCAGGAGUGGUGCAUAAGAUUCAAUCAUGUCUCAAUCAACUUGCGGCAAAAGCUAUGAUGAAGUUUGGAAUGUCCUUUGACUUGCCUUCUGUUACUCAAGGCGUUAUUCCUAAAUCUAUUCAAAGUAGCAAUCCUUUGGGAGAUCUAAUGGCAUCAAAGCCAAAGGCCAUAGAGAAUAUAAAGCCUAAAGAUGGAAACAGAGGUUCUUUUGCAGGAAGUUCAGGAAAAAAUCCUUUAAAUAAUGGUGCAUCACAUAGCAGUCAGACAGAUACACUUAUCAACAAUUUCUUGAAGAAUCCGCUCUUGAAAGAUGGAGACAAUGGCGAGAGUGAGCUGGCUGAGCGCUUAAGGUCUGAGAACAACUUGCUUCACCUGGUGUUGAAGCACCAACGAGUGAUUGAUGAGCUGAUGCAGCAAAAUGAGAAACUGCGCGAGAUACUGGUUGAUGAUUUGAAGGUACCACUCUCCAAGCUCCAAGGCACCAUCUCCAGUGGAAGCAAAUCUCCAUGCAUUGAUUGCCGUAGAAAACAACGAAGAAGACGGUGAAUAAAAGCUCCAGCUUUGGCUCGCAUCCUUUUGAAAGGCAUAUAUAUUGAUGCCUCAGAAGCCAUUGAAAAUCUUUCUUAGGAUAAGGUGGGAUUUAUAUGUAAGCCAAAAUAUGCCAUAAAUAUUACAUGCGGUAUACGGUAAUUUUCCUUGUGAAAGAGAACGUAUGCCAGCCACCCUUUGGAGUUUGGGAUGGAAGGUGAACCCAAUCUUGAACCCCAGGUGUAAUUCCUUCCGUCCAGGACCUAAAAAGGAAAAGAAAAUUAACACGUUGCUUUGCACAUUGCAAUGCACAUCAAAGUUACUAGAAAAUUAACAUGCAUCGUUUUUACACAAUAUGUAUGUAUGAUGAUUAUAUUGAUUGUUCAGUGUUAGUACCUCGUUUGCCACAAUAGUGUUU